CGUUGAGUGGUAGACAUCGAGGAGUGUGUUAUUCAGUGGAAAAUAAACUGUUAAAGUUAAUGAUGUUUUUGUAAUAGUGUUUUCUGUCCUUAAAUCGGUUUGUUUUGCGGAAGAGAAAAUAAAGUUUUACUCGAAUAUCAGAGACUAUAUAACAACACGCAAGUGUCGACGCAUUGUUUGAAUUUAAUCUAUACCUAAACGAUGGAUGUGAAUCAAUUUCGUGAAUUUGCCAAAUCUGCUGUGGAUUUUGUUGCUGAUUAUUUGGAAAACAUUCGUGAUAGACCAGUACUUCCAUCUGUGGAACCAGGCUAUCUGCACAAACUAGUACCGGACGAAGUUCCUGAACAGCCCGAACAAUGGCAGGAAGUGAUGAAGGACAUGGAACGGGUUAUAUUGCCGGGAGUUACACACUGGCAGUCACCGAAUUUUCAUGCAUAUUAUCCGACAGCCACAAGUUUUCCAUCGAUUGUCGGAGAAAUGAUUGCAUCUGGAUUGGGAAUCAUAGGAUUUAGUUGGAUUUGCAGUCCUGCGUGUACCGAACUUGAAGUGGUCCUUAUGGAUUGGCUCGGAAAAUUUCUUGACUUACCCGCUUCUUUCUUAAAUUGCUCCGAAGGACCUGGAGGUGGUGUUAUUCAAGGAUCUGCCAGUGAAGCCAUUUUGGUCGCAAUUUUAGCUGCACGUGAACAGACCGUACGAAGGGUGAAAUUGGAGCACCCGGAAAUGUCAGAGAGCGAAAUUCGUGGCAAACUGGUUUCAUAUUCGAGCGAUCAAAGUAAUAGCUGUGUUGAGAAAGCUGGUCUCCUUGCUGCCGUUCCUAUCAGACUCAUAAAAGCCGACGACAAUGGUUCACUGCGUGGGGAAGAACUUGAAAAAACAGUUUUAACUGACAUUGAAAAUGGAUUGAUUCCAAUAAUUUGUAUCGCAACGUUUGGAACAACAGGAACCUGUGCAUACGACCACAUGGAUGAGUUGGGUCCGAUUUGUAAAAAAUACAAUAUUUGGUUGCAUAUUGACGCGGCCUAUGCUGGUGCGGCACUAUGUUGUCCUGAAUAUCGACCACUGAUGAGCGGCAUCGACUGGGCAGAUUCGUUCAAUUUCAAUUUGCACAAAUGGAUGAUGGUAAAUUUCGACUGCUGUGCUAUGUGGCUGAAAAAUGCGGACACUCUAGUGGAGGCAUUCUCAGUGGAUCGAAUCUAUUUGAAUCAUCAAUUCCAAGGUCAGUCAAAGGCCCCCGAUUACAGACAUUGGCAAAUCCCAUUGGGAAGACGAUUUAGGGCACUGAAAGUUUGGAUAGUUUUACGGACGAUUGGCGCGGAGAAUAUACGGAAUAAUAUACGCAAGCACAUCCACUUGGCAGAACUGUUCGAGAAUUAUGUGAAAAUGGACGAUCGAUUUGAAAUUGUCAGUGCGAGAAGUAUGGGUUUGGUUUGCUUUAGGUUGAAAGGAGAUUGCAGCCUGACGCGGCAAUUGUUGGAGAAAAUUACCGAACGGAAGCAGAUCUACAUGAUACAGGCAAAGUGUAACGAAAAGUUGAUGAUGAGAUUUGUGGUGGCUGGACUAGAUCCGAACGAAAAGGACAUUGAAUUUGCGUGGAAUGAAAUCGUUGGUCAAACAUGCGAACUGUUACAGCCGAGAAAAUUAGCGGUUGAUGAUAGUGUCAUCGAUAAAGUGGCAAACAAUUUCGCCACAAUUCUGACAACAGCUUCCCACCAAGAAAAGUUGAAAUGAGAUUUGAGUUCUUAUGCAAAACAGAUACGCACGAACGCAACGACAAUAUCGGUGCAAUUUCAUCUCAUCUGUAUUUUACACAAAAUGAUGACCUACAAAUUUGGUUACCACUGUUAUGUGCUGGUAGAGUACAAUAUCCGGAAUGUUAACUAUAUUUACUUAUAUAUUACAUUGCAGUUCAUUCGAACUUCAAUCACAUUGAGAGUUGUUUUAUUACACGAAAUUAAGUCAAUUUUUUAAAACAAAAACUUUCUUAUUUUUAUAAUAAAUGGUUAGGUGAAGACGCUGUGUACACCUUAAUGUUGUCUUUAAUUAAUUUAAGUAAAUUCUUUAUUAAUAAAUAUUUACCUUUGA